CCCCUCCCUCCUCCUUACCCUUUCGCAAUGGCCAAAGCUGCAGAGAAGAAGGUUGAUAAGAAGGCCGCGAAGGACAAGUCCGCGAAGAAGGCUGCGCCCUCUCCCGCAAAAGCGGCAGCGCCGAAGCCCAUCUCUUCCGCAGAGAUUCUCAAGAAGGCAAAGGAGCAGGCCAAGACGAAAUCCAAGGGCAAGAAGGCAGAGAGCAGCAGCGAGGAGUCGUCAGAGUCUGAGUCUGAGGAGGAAAAGCCCAAGGCUAAGGCCAACGGCAAGGCGGCUGUCAAGGCCAAGGCCACUGUCCAGGCCAAGGCAAAAGCAGUGAGCUCGAGCUCCGAGUCCGAGUCUUCUGACUCUGACUCUGAGAGCGAUGCUCCUGCUGCCAAAGCCAAGGUAAAGGUCGCAGCGAAGGCCGCGUCAAGCUCCAGCGAAGAGUCCUCCGACUCCGAGUCUGACGAGCCCGCCGUCGCCCCUAAGGCCGCUGCCAACGGCAAGAAGGUGGUGCCUGCUGCCAAGGAGAGCUCUUCCGAUGAGGAGAGCAGCGACUCGGACUCCGAGUCUGAGAAGCCCAAGGCUGCUCAAGUGAAAAAGGCGGCCGCCAAGAAGGACUCUUCGUCAUCAGACGAGAGCUCCUCCGAGGACGAGGCUCCCGCUAAGGCGAAGGCCACCCCGGCUUCUGCCAAAAAGGCUGCUCCCGCGGCCAAGGCCACUCCCGCCAAGAAGGCCGACUCCAGCAGCUCUGAGGAAGACUCUGAGUCUGGGUCGGACUCUGAUGAUGAUGAUGACGAGGACGUUGAGAUGGCGGAUGCUUCGGCGGCACCUGCAAAGGGCAAGCGGAAAGCUGAGGAUGAUUCGGCUGCGCCUGCUAAAAAGGCCAAGGUGGCGAAUGGCGACGCUGCUGCUGUUGAGGAGGAGGGCACAAAGAGCAUCUUCGUCGGAAGGCUCUCAUGGAACGUGGACAACGACUGGCUCGCCCAGGAGUUCGCCGAGUGCGGAGAGGUCAUCUCCGCGCGCGUGCAGAUGGAUCGCAACACGGGCAAGUCUCGCGGAUUCGGCUACGUCGAGUUCGCGACGACCGAGGCCGUCGAGGCCGCGCUGUUGUUGAACGGGAAGGAGAUUGACGGCCGCCCUGUCAACAUCGACAAGAGCGAGCAGAAGGACAAGGGCGCAGCGCGCGAGAAGCGGGCAGAGAAGUUCGGAGACAGCGCGAGCGAGCCCUCCGCUGUGCUCUUCGUUGGCAACCUGAGCUGGGAUUGCACUGAGGACCAGGUGUGGGAGGUGUUUGGCGAGCACGGCGACGUUAAGAGCGUCCGUCUCCCCACCGAUCGCGAGACUGGCCGGCCCAAGGGCUUCGGCUACGUCGAGUUCACGGACAUUGAGACCGCGAAGAAGGCAUUCGAGGGUCUUUCGGGCACGGAGGUUGCUGGACGUCCCAUUCGUCUUGACUACUCCCAGCCCAGGGAUAACAGCGGCGGCGACCGUGGCGGCUUCCGCGGCGGUCGCGGUGGUGGACGCGGCUUCGGCGACCGUGGUGGCGGCGGCUUUGGCGGCCGUGGUGGUGGCCGCGGUGGAGGCCGUGGCUUUGGUGGCGACAGGGGACGCGGUGGAGGUCGCGGCCGCGGUGGCGACCGUGGUGGACGUGGCCGUGGUGGCCCCCGCACCGGUGGCAUCGUCCCCGCCGAGGGCAGGAAGACGACGUUCUGAUCUUCUCCAAGUGACCUAUUCUGCUUCUCCUCGAUGCUGUCCAUGCCUGUCUUGUGCUUGUGUAUGCUCUUAUCCCAUGUUCACUCGAUGUAGUUACGGCUUGCUUCUCGUAUAACAUCUCAAUUCAAUCACAUAUGGACUCCAUGAACGUUUAAC